ACGAAGCACUGCUUUGUUGGCACACCGAUUGUUUACCGAGACUUUUUUUAAUUUCUACACGCGGGUAUUAUCGGGACGAAAAUUAAGAACCGGAUCCCCUCACAAAACGUUUUCGUACACACUUUAGCCCUAUAGAGAACGCGAUAGUAUUAUAUUACAGUGGACAGUGACUUUAGUGAGUGUGUGUUUUUUAAAUUAUUUUUAUCGUGUACUAUGUUAGCGGUUUAAUUUUUUUUAUGAUAGGUAAGUGUGGUGGAUGCAAUAACAGUUUUGGACUGUGGUGGUGUGGCAAUUAAAAACAUUGGCAUGUUAAAGUAGUUUAACGCAUGCAUCGAACUACAUGUUCGACUUUCAAAUAGAAUACAAUUUUACCGAAUGUAGCCGGAAUGCAGACCGUUAAGCUCGAGGUAUAACAAAAGUGGAACAUGGAUAGUACCUAACUAAAUCUUAUUUGAAAAUCGAACAUUAAAAUGCGAUACGAUAAACUGUUCAAUAGAAACACUGUCACAGUGAAGUCUAGUGUGUGAUGGUCAGUACAGAGUCAACAUGGUGACACUGAUGCCGUGCGGAUACCUCGGCGGUUCCUCCCCGCGCUGCAGCUUGGAUCACGCUGAGCCUAAGGCGAAGCGGUCAAGACCGGACGCGGGCACUGAUGUUCGAUUAUCAAGCGACAUCAACACCAGCCCAUGCGAGUCGGAGUCCACGUCAGAUUCCCCGCCGUCGCUCCUGCAAGAUGCCGCGCUGCCUGCGCUCCUAGUAUCCGGGACGACCACCUUCCAGACCACGCCCACCAGCGCCGCGCUCAGCCUCACGUCUGAGAGCCUGCUACCGAGCAACGAGGUGGAGAGCUGUAGCCUGGCGAACGGAUGCACUAGCUCGACGCUCGGCCUGGCCCUCCCGUUGACAACCACGAGCGGCCUGUGUUCCACCUCCUCGUCGUCUGCGGUCGCCUGGUUGAUGAAUGAGGAUAGCACGGGAGGCGGUGUCAAAAGCGAGGUGCGCAGCCCGGGGCUGUGCGAGGCCGACGUGGCGCUGUACGGUGACACGCUGCCCUACGACCAGUCCACGCUGUCCUACCAGUAUUAUAAUAGUAUGCAGCAGUAUGGAGGCGGAGGUACGGCUUCCUCGUACAUGGGCUCCACGCUCUACAACCAGCCCUACGCGCCCUACCCGCCCUCACAUAAUACCAACAACAGAUCAUCGUGUAAGGCGACGCCGACGUACCUCAGUCCGUACGGAGUGGGGAGCGUGGGCGGCGUGUCCAGUUCGGGGUUCGGUGCUCAGCCCUCGCCGUACGCCUACCCCGCAUACAACGGCAGCCUGGCGCAGUCCUUCCCUAAUACGCAACAGGACUACAGUAGUUACGCGUCAGGUUACACGGACCACAGCGUAGCGGCGCAAUAUGGAGGAUAUUACGCGACGCCAAGCUAUUCGCCGUACGUCAGCUCACCAAGCAGCAGUGGCAGCGCAGGCCACACGUCCUACCAUUUAGGUGCAACUUUGUCAGAGUCUCCUUCAUCUUUAUUACCUUCCAUACAAGACACUCCAUUAUCUCCAAUCAAGAAUGAAAUACAUGCAGCCAGUCGGAGGUGUAGAGAGAACUCGGGAGAGAGUACAGCAAGUCGGUCUCGGGGGCGAGGACGGAGAAACACAUCUGCCUCACCUGCACAACAUGUUCCAGAGCCCUCCACUGAAAGAGUCUUCAUUUGGGAUUUGGAUGAAACCAUCAUUAUAUUCCACUCCCUACUUACAGGCACAUAUGCCACUAAAUAUAAUAAGGAUACACAACAAAUAGUGCAAUUAGGUUUUAGAAUGGAGGAGAUGAUAUUCAGUCUAGCGGACACACAUUUCUUCUUCAAUGAUGUUGAGGACUGUGACCAGGAGCACAUAGACGCAGUGGCAGCAGAUGACAACGGUCAGGACCUGUCAGCAUACAACUUCUCAGCAGACGGGUUCCAGGCAGGUGCUGCGGGCCCGGUGUGUGCACCAGCAGUGAGGGGCGGUGUGGACUGGAUGAGAAAACUCGCCUUCCGCUACAGAAAGAUCAAGGAUACCUACAAUAACUAUAGAAAUAGUGUGGGUGGCUUACUGGGCCCAGCGAAGAGGGAGCAGUGGCUUCAACUAAGAGCAGAAUUGGAACAAGCGACGGAUAACUGGCUCACCCUAGCGUGCAAGUGUCUCAACAUGAUCAAUUCAAGAGAGAACUGUGUGAAUGUAUUAGUCACUACUACACAGUUGGUGCCGGCAUUGGCUAAAGUGCUACUGUUUGGCCUGGGUGGAGUGUUUCCUAUUGAAAAUAUCUAUUCUGCAACAAAAACAGGCAAGGAGACUUGUUUCGAGAAAAUAAAGCAACGGUUCGGUGAGCGGUGCACAUACGUUGUGGUCGGCGAUGGGCAGGACGAGGAGGCCGCUGCCAAGGCCAAGAACUACCCGUUCUGGAGGAUAUCCGGCCACUCCGACAUAGCCGCGCUCUACAACGCCCUCGACAUGGGUUUCUUAUGAUUUGCUGCGUUCCUAGUACAUGUGAUGUAUUAAGAUUAUUUAUGGAUGUUUCUGGUCUGAUUUCCGAAGACUUUCCUAGUUGCUAGUGUACCGUUUUCAACAUUUUUCUGGGUAAUAUUUUAUAAUUUAAUUUCACACACCCCCUGUACUACGUAGAAACUUUUAAGUUUCAUUCAUAUUGAUAACACUUAUUACUAAUAAGUGUUAACAAUAUAUUAGGCUUGUUUUAUGUCGGUUUGCCUUUGGUUUACCCAUAUAAUAUGAUUUGCUAAAUAAGUUUACAACAGUCACAUUUUAGUCGCUUAUUUGUCAUUAGGUUUGAACCUAGCAGACAUGUUCUUAUUAGAUUCCAACAAUUUAAAAGUCCUAAUACAUAUUAGUACAAAUAUUUGAUUUAUAAAAAUAUUUUAUGUGCAUUUGUUUUAAAAUACUUUUAAGUAAUAAAAUCAUAUCAAAUUAUAUAGCGGCUCAUUGUAAGUACAGUUUAUAUGUAGUAGGAUAACAGGGCCCAUAAUUAAUUUUAAAUAAGUGAAUAUUUAUUUAGUUUAAAGCUCAAAGUUAGCUCAAACUUACGAUCAAUUUAUAGGAGUCAUUGUAAAUAUCGAAUGGUAAGUUAACCGUGGUUUGGCAUAACUUGGUACAAUUUAGGCCUUGCUUAUCGAUUUUUGUAUCUCCUUCACGGUUUUAUAUUUACGAAUUUGUCGGUAUAAUACAAUAGCCAUUAUUUACACAAAUUACAGAUGAUCCAUGCCAAGCCAUGUUUAGGAGUAUUUUACUUUCAUUCCUACUAUGUAAGUUUGUAACAUGUACAGAUAUUAUUUUAGAAUUUUUUUAGAACAAAUACAAAAGAGUUUUGAUAUAUUUU